AUGGCAACGAACAGUCAAAUUAAGCCCAAUUCCUCGGGGAAAGUAGUGGAAUACUCAGAAGUAUUAUUUAAUACAAUAAAUCAUGUGCUCAUCGGAUAUGUUACUAUUUACUGGUCAUAUAUUUCCUACAUGAAUGGAUUCGGAGAAAUAUUCUCGUGGCAUAUGCUGCUGUGUACGAGUGGUUACCACUUCUUCAUGGCGGAAUCAUUUCUCACCCUCUACUCAGCCAAUUCUUGGACCGCGAUGAAUUCAGCCGAGACGAAACGAAUUUUGCAUUGGGCUCUACAGGCUAUUGGAUUUGUGGCAAUUUUCGUUGGAACAGGACUUGAGUACUAUAAAAAAGAUGGAAAGCACUCGCACUUCGGAUCUCCCCAUGGAGUAACUGGUCUAAUCUCGAUUGUGUUCAUCGUGUUAUCAAUGCUGAAUGGAGUAGUCGGUUUGUACGCGAUGAAAAUUAAGCACCUCAUUAAGCCGGUUUAUAUCAAACUGGGACACUACCUAACCGGAAUAGUGGCGUUUGUUAUAGGUAUGGUGUCACUACUGCUGGAGUACUUACCAAGGCGGGUGGGGUCAGUUGAGAAUAGAAAUAUGUUGUUUUCCUUCUCAGUCAUUGUUAUUGCGUUGUCAUUGAUUGGAGCCUUCAGAACGAUAUAUGGUCAGUUUAGAGGGAUGUGCCGCUAA